GUCAUGGGUGGUAAUUCUAUUCAGGUAUUUAGUUUUUGAAUCAUGGAUGGUAGUUUUAUUCAUGCGUGAAUCACAACCUUAUUACUGUUUACACUUCCCAAGUUGGGUUCCUUGGCAUUUAAUUCUUGUUAUCUUUAAUUGGUUUGUCUGGCAAUGCAGUCGAGUGCUGCUAUUUAUACUUGCCAAGGUCAAUCACAAUCGCGUUUCAUCAUGGGUAGUAAUUCUAAUCAGGAUCAUGGUCUUGGUGUAAAUUUUUCUCAAUCACAACCUCGUUUCGUCAUGGGUAUUAAUUAUAAUAAGGAUCAUCGUCAUGAUAUCUACAUUUCUCCAUCUCAACCUCGACCUCAAGUUCUUAUGGGUGGUACAAGUGGUCCUCCUCUUACGUAUGGUACAUAUGAUGGAAAUAACACGCCUCAGUCAAUGCCUUCUGUGUAUCCCACUCACAGAUCUUUUCAGGGGUUGCUUCGAGGUACAAGUGUUGAAAACUUUGCAGUCCAUCUCUCGCAAGCGUCACAUAGUCUUGCUGACAGUCAUGUAGAUGGACAUCCCUGAGAAGUUUAUUUUAUCUUUAUUUGUUUUGGACAGAUGUAUUUUGUGUUGGACAGAUUUAUAAUGAUCUGGACAAAUUUAGACAGUUUUCUUUUAUUUUGGACAGAUUUGGUCUCAUGAAUGUUGGACAGAUUUGGUUGUGUUAUUUUGUGGUGCACAGGUUUAUAAUGUUGUUGACAAAUUUGGAAUGAUAUGGACAUCCUAUGGAUAGUUUGCUUUUAUUUUGGACAGAUUUGGUGUCAUGAAUGUUGGAUAGAUUUGGUUGUGUUAUUUUGUGUUGCACAAGUUUAUACUGUUCUAGACAUGUGUCGAAUAAUCUGGACAGAUUUGGACAGUUUUGGUUGUCUUAUUUUGUGUUGCACAGG